AUGGUCCACCACAUCCACAUCGCCGUCCUAGACGUCGACAUCCCAGCCCGCCAGCUCUACGAGGCACGCGGACUCUGCAGCGCGCACUUCCGCACAAUUCUCCGCGAAACCGCCGCACGCCUGAAUGAAACCUUUUUCGCCGAUAAAGACCAACUCGAAGUGAGAAUCACACCAUACGACAUCCGCGGCGGCCACUACCCGGACUUUUAUAAGCUGCGCGGCGACACCACGCAGAAUGCAAUCCCAGUGGCCGCGCCCAUCGACGCAGUCCUGAUCACCGGCGGCUCGCCAGGCGUAUACGAGCUAGCCCACUCGCCCUGGAUGCAAACAUUAGAAAAAUUCGUGCAAAGAGUCUACCAUGAAUACCCGCAAGUGCGAAUCCUAGGCACGUGCUUCGGCCACCAGAUGAUUUCGCACGCGCUCGUGCGCAACGAAGAAGACAGCGAGCGCGACGUCUGGGUCGAGAAGUGCCCGCUCGGCCGCGAAGUCGGCGUUUAUACCGUGCAGCUGGAGAAGGCGUUCCUGGCGUCGUUCCCGGCGGCGCUGGGGCAGCUGCCUGAGGGCAAGUUGCGCAUUCAGAUGUUCCACGGGGAUCGGGUUAUGGCUGUUGCGAAGGGGACGCCUGUGUCGCUGGUGGAGUCGCCGCCUGUGUCGCUGCCUGCGCCGUGGGUUAAUAUUGGUAGUACGCCUAUCUGCCCGAUUCAGGGUCUUUAUCAUCCUGGCAGGGUCUUGUCUGUGCAGGGCCAUUAUGAGAUGGAUGCUUUUGGUAUGACUAAGAUGUGUCUGGAGUCGGCGCCGGUUAUGGGGUGGAAGGAGUCGAAGCUGGCGCUGUUCUUGGAGCAGGUUGGGGAUGAUCUUAAGGAGGGGGGGCAGGAUGAUUCCAAGGCUUUUGCUUCUGCUGUUGUUUGUUUCUUGGCUGGAGUUGAGCAAUGA